CAACACAACCCCGAGCAUGGCGACACAAGUAUCAAACAAUAAAUCCGGAACAGGUUGGCCACGCCGUGGCAGCCAAGGACAAGUGGAUAAUGCUAACAAUGGCUCCCAGAAGUUCAGUCCAAGCCAGUCAUUGACCAUAAAUCGUACAAUAAAUUUAUAUCCCCUUACAAAUUAUACCUUCGGUACAAAGGAACCACUUUUCGAAAAAGAUCCUUCAGUUCCCUCACGUUUUCAGCGUAUGCGUGAGGAAUUUGAUCGAAUCGGAAUGCGUAGAUCCGUUGAAGGUGUUCUUCUAGUGCACGAACAUGGCUUGCCACAUGUACUCUUACUGCAAUUGGGUACAACAUUCUUUAAACUACCAGGAGGAGAGCUCAAUGCCGGAGAAGACGAAGUGGAGGGACUUAAACGUUUAUUGACAGAAACUUUAGGCCGUCAAGAUGGUGUUAAGCAAGAAUGGAUUGUCGAAGAUACAAUUGGAAAUUGGUGGCGACCGAAUUUUGAACCUCCUCAGUAUCCAUAUAUACCUCCGCAUAUAACCAAACCAAAGGAACAUAAACGUUUGUUUUUAGUACAACUCCACGAAAAGGCUCUAUUUGCUGUACCGAAAAAUUACAAAUUGGUAGCUGCACCCUUAUUUGAGCUUUAUGAUAAUUCACAAGGCUAUGGACCAAUAAUUUCAUCGCUGCCGCAAGCGUUAUGCAGAUUUAAUUUCAUAUAUAUGUGAGUAGAGUGUGCCUCUACAUCCACGUCUGCGUCUGCAUAUCUACAGGAAAGCUCUUAUUCCAAUAGAGUCCUACAACAACAACAACAGUCAUAUGACGCAGAAGCCUAUGAUGAUUAUAUGGACUCGAAUUUGUUGCCCCGCGCAAAUGUCCAUAAUUUUUGAACAUUUCAAAAUUUAUUAU